AUAAAAGUUAAUAAUUAAUUACUAAAAAUUAAAUCGCGUCGUUAAAGUCAGCAUGGGUUCAUUGCCGCAACUCUCAAUCUCGAAAGGAGCUCAACGUUUGCUCGCCCCUCGUUUGUUGCACAAAAUUUUCGAAGAGAAUGUCGAUGCGUCAUACGGCGCCAACACAGCUCUCGUCUUUGACGACAUUUCCGAGGGAACGCGAAACAUUUCUUACAAUCUCCUGAAUUCGCGCACGAAUCGUCUUGCUCAUGGUAUCAUCAAUCAAGUAACGGAUAUCGAUAAAAGCGCGCCAAACCAAGAUGGCGACUGGGUAAUUGCGGUUUGUAUGCCGCCCAGUGACAAUUUAGUUGCUGCUCUGUUGGCAAUUUGGAAAGCGGGUGCUGCUUAUUUGCCGCUAGAUGUCACUUUUCCCGCAAAUCGCAUAAAUCACAUUUUAACAGAGGCGCGCCCGGUUCUCGUGAUCUACGAUGAGUCUUACAAAGCCACAGAAAACUUCAAAGGCACGUCAAGUGUUUCGUUUCAACAACUUUUGGAAGACUCCCAAGAUUGCAGCAACGCGAAUUUGGCGCCAAAAGACACUUUGGGCGGGGAAUUGUACGAUUUAGCGAUUAUUUUGUACACUUCCGGAAGCACGGGAGUUCCCAAGGGGGUCAGAAUUCCCCAUCAGGUCAUCCUGAAUCGCCUUCAAUGGCAAUGGCAAAAAUUCCCGUAUUCGAAAACGGAGAAAAAUUGCGUUUUUAAAACUGCUUUAACCUUCGUCGAUUCAGUUUCGGAGAUCUGGGGACCUCUGUUGAACGGAUUGACUCUAAUUGUCAUCACAAAAGACGUCACAAAGGAUCCAGAACGUCUCGUUGCUGCUUUAGAAAAAUAUAAAAUUGAAAGAUUAGUUCUUGUUCCGACACUUUUGAGAUCGUUGCUGCUCUAUUUGCCUCUCCAGAAUGACAAAAAUCUCCUGAAAUCUUUAAAAAUUUGGGUUUGUUCAGGCGAGCCGCUUUCACUUGCGCUUGCAAAGGAGUUUUAUGACUUUUUUGAGCAAGGACAACAUAUUUUGUGUAAUUUUUAUGGUUCGACGGAAGUUAUGGGAGAUGUCACGUAUUUUGUGUGUGAAAGUAAGAAGCAGUUAGAAGCGUUGGAAAAGGUCCCAAUUGGAUAUCCAGUUGAUAAUACGGUAAUUUAUUUGUUGGAUGGGGAUUUUAGACCCGUGAAAUCCGAAACUGUUGGGGAAUUGUUCGUGGCAGGAAUGAAUUUGGCACAAGGUUAUGUCAAUGGAAGGGAUCCCGAGAAGUUUAUCGAGAAUCCGUUGGCGAUUGAUGCAAAAUACUCUCGUUUAUACCGCACCGGAGACUUUGCCUCGUUCAGCAAAGGCGUCAUUUACUACGAAGGUCGUACAGAUUCGCAGAUCAAAAUUCGAGGACAUCGCGUUGACUUGUCAGAAGUUGAAAAAAAUAUUCUCUCCUUGAAUGGCAUCGAGAAAGCUGUCGUUCUUUGUUAUCAUGCGGGAGAAAUCGAUCAAGCGUUACUUGCCUUUGUGACGUUGGAAGAAGGACAAAAUAUGACAGGAAUGCAAAUUGAGUCAAAUUUGAUGGAAAUUCUCGCGCAAUAUAUGAUCCCGCAAGUAAUUGUCUUGGAUUCGAUUCCGUUGCUCGUGAAUGGAAAAGUCGAUAGACAAUCGUUGCUGAAAAUGUAUGAAAAUACGAAUAAUAAUGAUGACGCUGCCGUUGAAAUCGACUACGAUUACUCCGACAUUCCCGAAAGCCAACUUCCCACAGCAAAAGUCCUUUUCGAAACCAUCGGAAGCGUAAUUGGUCGUUCAACGCGCACUUCCAUCUCGAUUCGCAGCAAUUUCUACGAACUCGGCGGCAAUUCGUUGAAUUCCAUCUUCACAGUCACCGAAUUACGGAACAAAGGCUUCCACGUGAGCAUCACGAAUUUCAUUGCCGCCAAAAAUUUGGGCGAAAUUCUCGAGAAAUUGUGUUCCGUGGAGUCUGUGAACGGCAACAGCGGCAACAUUGAUUUGAAAGUCGACUGUGAUAUGAAGUUGGAAGCUGUGCCUCUCGCCUUGGAACACAAAGACGACACAAUUGAUAUCAUCACAACGAGCUUCUUCGAAAAAGCAGAUUUGGAACAAUGGUUGAAGCCAAUGAUUUUGUACACGGACUACGCUGACAUCUUGAACGCCAUUUGGGAUGUGCUCGUGGAAAAAGAUCUCAGUUUUGUCGUGAAAGAUGUCAAAACGGACCGCAUUGUUGGCGUUUCAUUGAAUUUUGAUGCUCGUGAUGAGCCAGAAGUGCCCGUCGAGAGUAAACUUAUCAUCGUUUUCGAGUUUUUGGAGUUCUUGGAAGGACCUAUCAGAGACGGAAAAUUACCUGAAGGACUCAACCAAAUUUUACAUUCCUUCAUGAUGGGCACAAAAUCCGACUUGAAUGCACAAGAAAAUAUUGCCCUGAUGCAUUUUAUGGAAAGUGAGGUACUGAAAUUGGCAGAAAGGAAGAAUUUUGCCGGUAUUUUCACAACAAAUACGAGUCCGUUGACGCAGCAACUCGGCUCCAGCGUGUAUGGCUAUGAAACACUUCACGAUUACCCAGUCAACAAAUACGUUUAUCAUGACGGAUCUCGUCCAUUUGGCGCUGCCCCGGAUUCACAACGAGCAAUUUGCCAUUGGAAAGACAUCCGAAAAUGAUUCAAAACAUUUAAACAAAAAAAAAAAAUGUAAAUAGCUAAGGUUAAAAAAAUUAUCGGAAAAAAUCACUAAAUAUUAAACUUUAAGUAAUAAAAAAAAUCAUUUAU